AUGUCUCUCAUUCAGGUGGAAGAUCUGGUAUCUUACCAAUUGCGCGUCAGCUACCUCGGUGAGGUUGCUGAUGGCGUCGGCGAGCGACUGAUUUCCUUGAAUGACAACUUUCUCAAUACUGCACCUUUCAAAGCUGCUGGAUGGCGCACCAAUCCUGCCCUCAUCAAGCGAACCCACUCCCCGCCGAUACCUACAGCCACUGCCUCGGAGUACUUUCAGGCCCCGCCUCGAUUCGGCCUCACCCUCGAAGAUGACGUGGAGGAGGGCGGCAUGCUCACAGGCGGUGGAACAGAGACUCCAGGGCCAGGAAUCGCAACGAGACGGAGGAGGGAGAGGCGGCGAGAACGCGAAAUGGAAGAGGAUGACAGCAGUGAUCUAAGCGAUGAAAGUGAUGAAGAGUCGGAUCAGAGGGCGGCGCAGCAGAUACGAUUUGCAAAGAUGCCACUCAGAAACCGCUCAGGGUCUUCCCCAAUCCAGUCUUCGCAGUUACGACAGACGGCAGUAGUAUCACCGCAGAGGCAAGCUCCAGGUGCUCGAAGGGGUUCGCAGUCCGCGCUCGAGACGGUCAAGGAGAGGGCUCGUCGCGACACUGUCACUAGUAGUGAGGUAUCCUCAGAUAACGAGUUUGACAAUUCCGGAUAUCGUAAGCACAAGGACUCUGCGAGGGCGGCAGCUAGGUCUGCCAGAUUACAAGCCCGAAUUGCAGAAGAGCCGGCGCAUGGGAUUGAGAGGAUACGGAGCGAACCGCUGGCAGAAGAAGAAGAUGACUCUGAUCUAUCUGAUGCCUCGUCAGCUUUCGUUGAGAGUGUGGACUCGGCAUCGAUUCUGGCCGAUGUAGAGAACACGGUCUUGCCUGCUUCUCCGGGACAGCAGGUCGUUGGUACUCCUCCAAAGCAGCUGCUGCGACAAUCUACAGUACGGAAACCCCCAACACAACCACAGCCCUCGAUAUCGCUGGUCCUGCCGCCGCCUCGACCCAUGAGUACUCUCAGGCCCUUGAGUAUGAUACAGCCCAGAAGUCUCUUGGGUGAUGCUCUCAAGGCCAAGAAUACCAAGCCCAAGAUGCCUUUGGAACAGUUUGCUUCUCUUUCUGGAAAAGGUGAUCCAGAUCCACUAUCCAUCCGUAUUUACGCUCCAUUUUCAAAGACGUCCUCUAAACCUUUUGAGGUCCCCAUUCGGAAGAAUAUACAAGACCCAGAUGGCAGCUUCAGGCCAGUCACUGUUGCAGAACUCAUUGGACUAAGUCUUUGGAGAUACCACGACGAAAAGCUCGAGCCCCCCAUUCCGAACGAUAGACAAAACGUUAAUUGGUGGACGCUACGUAUGGUGGAUGGAGAUGAGGUAGACGAUGACUUUCCACCUCUGGAGAGGAAGAAGCCGGUCAACUCUUUCACCACAGCAAAUAAUCGAGGUGGUAGAUCACGAGGCCCCUCCAAGAUGUACGACGACUUUGGUCUGGUACAAGCAUCUCAAGAAUCAUUCGAGGAGAACCAAAAGUUGACGCCACAAUUUGCCCAAGAAGAAGUGGCCGUCGAAGCUGUGAACGAGGAGGCUACGCCUAAGCCUACUUCUCAGUUACCACCACCUCCUGCUUCAACCCGUCCAAAACCGAACCCAAUCACCAAUACAAUGUUCCGCAUUGAGACGGCACAUGCUGAUAGGCCCGCGGCACCUGAGCCCGCACCAGUUCCAGCAAGCAGAGGACAAAAGAAACUUCUCAAGAUCCAUAUCAUGUCUGCAGAUGUGGCGCCAGGGCAGAUGCUGACACUGGAAGUCACAACGGAUACAUAUCUUGCCGAAGUCCUCGAUAUGGUUUGCAAGAGGCGGCAACUUGACAAGAACACGCACGUCCUCAAACUUCCAGUCUCGGGUUCUGUAGUCUAUGUCGACCGGGCAGUAUCAUCGAUUGGUAAUGUAACAGACUUGGAACUACAUCGCAGACGUUUUGCAACGGAUGGCCCACUCACCAUCACCGGCUCGCCCAUUGGCUCUUCACCGAAGCAGCACAUAUGGGACAAUGCCCUUGCUGCACAAAAGAAGAAGAAAGACAAGGGCGCACCUCAUCCUCUGGCUCAAGAGGCAAUGAAGCUGGACGAAGUAGGCAGCAGUGACGUUAGUCUGAAGAAGUUUGUCGUUUGGAAGAAACAGACUAUGCGUUUCGUUGGCAAUGAGCGUCUCCUGACGAUCGAUGGCGAGUACGUGUAUAUACAACCAUCUUCGGGAGGCAAGCCCACACGAGAAAGUGGGAAAACCACGAGCGUACAUUUCAGCAAUAUCCUCAACUGCAGCACCUCGCGCAAGCAUCCGGGCACUCUCAAGCUAUAUGUCUUCAAGGAUAAUUCGGCAAAGCGUACAGACUAUGAGGCAAAGAGUGCACAAGAGGCUGCUGAGAUUGUAGCCGAGAUCAAGAAGGGCUUUGCGCCAUAUAACAAAGAUUAG